AAUGCAUUCUGCAAAUAAUUGUUUCCUUGAAAGAUCCUCAACAAUAUGUUCGAUUUCUGUAUCCUCAUUUUUAUAUAAAAAAAUCUUUUACAUGGGUAUUUACUGAAUCUUCCAAGUGGAGUACAAUUGCAGUGGCUAUUAUACUUUGUUAGUGCGCCGAGCACAAUAUGAAUAAGUGUAUACAUACAAGAAAGUUUAGGUUGGGUUAGUGAAGUGACGUCAGCGCGCAGCAAUUUGCACCACUGGGAUGACAAGCAGACGACGGUUUACUUUGUAUGCACGUAUCGUUAGUAAAAUUCAAACGACUAUCAGGGAAAAUCGAAUAUAAAAUCGAAUUCGUGUCGACGCAUCUGUGUGACAAAUGAAUGCGUUAUAUUUACGCAAAAUAAAAAGAUAAUUUCGAUGCAUAGAACGACGGACAAGUAACUGUGAAUGCUCAGCAUUGUGUAAAAUAGCGCACAAACAACAUGGAAGUGCUAGAUCCUAGUGUCUCAAGAGAUGACCAGCCGCUCUGCAUCAACGAUUCCUUGGAAAAAGUCACUUUGUCAAAUAUACCACCAGAUACAACAUCAUGGAUAAAAGCAAGGCAUACAUUGGGUUUUUUAGGAUUUCUAGGUUUUGCUCUUGUGUAUGCUAUGAGAGUAAAUUUAUCUGUGGCUAUUGUUUCAAUGGUUAAUCAAACAGCAAUUCCACAUAGCGAUGAUAAUGAUACCACUGAUGUUUGUCGUGAUGAAAAUCCCAUUAAUGGGACAUUCAUACCAAGUGCUGGAGAAUUUAAUUGGGACGAAAAAACACAAGGUUUUAUAUUAGGUGCCUUCUUCCUGGGCUAUGUAAUUACAAAUGUCCCAGGUGGUAGACUGGCAGAAAUUUAUGGUGGAAAACUAAUUUAUGGAUUAGGAGUAUUUCUAACUGCUGUAUUGACUGUAAUCAGUCCUUUCGCGGCAUACGUAGGUUUAGUACCAUUUUUAAUUGUGAGAGUAGCAGAAGGAUUCACAGAGGGUGUUACAUUCCCUGCAAUGCAUAGCAUGCUAGCACACUGGGUACCUCCAUUGGAGAGAAACAAAUUUGCUGGUGUAGUAUAUGCAGGUGUCAAUUUUGGUACUGUUAUAUCCUUACCAGUAAGUGGAUGGUUAUGCUCGUUAGAACUUUGGGGUGGAUGGCCUCUCGCAUUUUAUUUAUUUGGAGGGCUUGGCAUUGUAUGGUAUGCAUUUUGGCUAAUUUUUAUAUUUGACUCACCCGCGCAACAUACAACCAUCGACCCUCUCGAAAGGGCAUAUAUCGAGGCUACUGCAGAAAAGACGAAUGAGGGCAGUCAGCCGGGAGUUCCUUGGUUAUCAGUAUUUACAUCGCUACCGAUGUGGGCGAUAGCGAUAACGCAAUGUGGACAGGCAUGGGCGUUUUACACCCUUUUGACAGAAUUACCUACGUACAUGGACAAAAUUUUGCAUUACGACGUACAACAGGACGCAUUUCUUUCAGCAUUGCCUUAUUUAAGUUCUUGGAUAGUCGGACUCUGCAUUUCGAGUUUCGCGGAUUUUCUUCUUGCCCGUCAGCUUUUAUCUCCUUUAGCAUCGUUCAAGUUAUGGAACACGGUGGCUUCGUUAGGCCCUAGUCUCAGUUUUGUUGGCGCUAUCUGGGCUGGAUGCAAUCGUUUGACCGUAAUGAUGAUGCUUACCGUCUUAGGGUCCCUGCAAGGUGCAGUUUAUGCCGGAAAUCAAAUGAAUCACAUUGCUUUGGCACCACAAUACGCAGGAACACUUUACGGCCUUACGAAUACUGCCGCAAAUGUUUGCGGAUUCUUGGCACCAUAUAUUAUCGGAAGAAUGGUUCAAGGACAUGAAACGCUGGCUCGUUGGCAUACAGUAUUUUGGUUGGCAGCGGUAAUAAACAUGGCAACCAAUUGUUUUUACCUGAUCUUCGCAUCUGCUACAGAACAACCAUGGAGUAAAGGGGGAAUAUUUUCGAGCAUGGGUCUCACAAUGCAUCCCUGGUCGGAGUGGCGAGUGAACGGAGCGGACCAAUAGGAUUCCGAUUACCAUACUAUGUUAAUCGAAAACGUGGAAUUGAGUAAACGGACCAAAUGAAUUGUAAUAAUUAUUUAUAUAAAUAAAGAGAACUAUUUUUUUAAUUAUUUAUUCGA